UUUCUAAACUUUGUUUUGAGUUUGAAAAAUAUAAUAAUAUUCAAAUAAUUAUGUAAAGCAAAACAUUGUACAAUUAAAUAAAACUGCAGGCUUUCCUGUAUUUGUGUUCUGAAUUAGUGGCAGAUGAAACAACCACCAUGUUGAUACUGCUAUUCUUACUGGUACCAUGCAUAUCAUCAGAGUACAUACCUCCAGGACCUGCAUAUCCAUGUCCAAAGCAAGCUCAACAACAAUUGUUACAUCCAUGCAUAUGUGAGAAAGGGACAGACUCAGGGUUGUAUAUAAAAUGUGAGAAUACAGGGUUGGCAGUGCUCAGUGUAGGGCUGGGGAAUAUAGCUGGCCUCGGCUUGCCUAUAGAAAGGUUGGAACUGAAGGAAUGUAAAAUUUCUCAUCUUCAGGGUGCUUUGCUGCAUCGUUCCACUAUCAGGGUGCUGCAUAUAGUGGAUACACCAAUCAAAACCAUUGAUGCAUACACCUUCGCUGGUGUCAAUCGGACCCUACAGGAGUUAAGGAUGGUCAACACUAAAAUAGCUGAAUUUCCAAAGGAUGCAUUUAAGAUACUAAGCAACUUAUCGAUAUUAUCAAUUAACGGACAUGAGAUGAGGAAGCUGGAGAAGGACAUCUUCGCCGGCAGUGAGGCUGCGGCCCGACUGGAGAGGCUGCAUCUGUCCAACGGACUUAUAUCCGAUUUGCCAGUUGAAUCAUUUCAGAAUUUGAAGAAACUUAAAACACUGGACUUGCACGGCAACAGGCUGGCAACACUGAAGAGAAACCAGUUCAAAGGGCUCCGUGACACUGAGGUUCUUGAUAUAAGUCACAACAAUAUUACAAAAUUGGAUGGUAGUCAUAUUGGAGACCUCACGAAGCUGGGCUGGUGUAACGCCAGCUAUAAUAUGAUUGGGGAUAUACCCAGAGGCAUGUUCGCGAGGAACACAGUACUGAAAGUAUUGCACUUGAACAACAACAAGAUCAAGAAGUUAGACACUAACAGUUUCAGGGGGAUGCGGUUCCUCAGGCGGCUGUUCUUACAAGAUAAUGAAAUAUCCGACAUCGGUCGUGGCACCUUCUCAGCAGUUACCCGCAUCGGCACCAUAGACUUGGCCAGGAACAGGAUCAAGAAGGUGGACUAUCAGAUGUUCCAGCAUGUCAAAUAUGCCGAGGUAAUAAAUCUAGCCGAAAAUAAUAUAACGAGCAUAGACUCACAAGCGUUCACAGAUCUGUACCUGGCCACAGUCAAUAUAUCACACAAUCAACUGACGACCAUAGAGAAGGGAGCGUUCCAGAAUUGCAACAAUAUGACUGUACUCGACCUGAGUCAUAACAAUCUGGAGAAAAUAAGCAGAUUAGCGUUUGAUGAGAUAUCAUAUGCUUCACUGUUUACAGUUGCUUAUAAUAAUUUCACAGACUUUAAUCAGAUCCCAAUCUCUAAUAUGACUGGAAUACAAGUGCUCAACGCGUCAUACAACCGAUUGCAAACCAUACCAAAGAUGGCAUUCCCGAAGUUGUAUGAGCUCCAUACAGUCGACCUGUCACACAACAAUCUAACGGAAAUAUUCAAUGGAGUGUUCCAGAACUUGUUCUCGAUCAGAUAUUUGAACCUAAGUCACAACUCAAUGGAGCUUAUCAAGCCGGCUACCUUCGGCUCCAUCCCGACCGUUCUCGAUGUGGAUUUGUCGUACAACAAGUUGCGUGACGGGUCCAGGGGCGGCCUCGCCAAGUUGGCCAGCUGCAGGGUCAUGGAUCUGAGCCAUAAUCAGCUGGAGAGGAUCCCACAGAUACCUAUAAGCUUGGGUGACCUGAACUUCGCUUACAACAACUUAUCGGAAAUCAAACCCAACACCUGGCCCACAAUGAACGCACUAUUACGUCUGAACUUGUCUGCGAACAAUAUUGGUGACAAUUUAUCCGGUGAUAGUUUCUCGGGCCUUUUAACGCUGCAAGCGCUGGAUUUAUCUGUCAACGGUGUGAGUCGACCGCCGUGGGAAGCGCUGAAUGUGCUGACUAGUCUGCAGUAUUUAUAUUUGCAGCACAACAAUAUAACAGCCCUAACAAAAUCGGCGUUCGGGAAUCUACCCACAUUGUUCAAUUUGGAUCUGUCGCACAACCAGUUGGCCGAUAUAUCGCAGUUAUCAUUUAACGGGAUGCAACAGCUGAUAAAUUUGACCCUGAGCGGGAAUGAACUUGGUCAUAUACCCAACGAGGCGUUUAAGGGUCUUGUUGCAUUAAGGAAACUUGAUUUAUCAAACAAUAUGCUUGAGAAAAUUGAUAACAAAACCAACGGAUUAUUAGACGAUCUACUAUCUUUGGAAACGGUGGAUUUAAGUUAUAAUCGUUUUGGAUUCCUAACAAAGAAAAUGUUCCCAUCCUCCCCGUGGAUACCCUAUAGACUUAUGGAAGUGGAUCUCAGCUAUAACGAGAUACCGGUAUUGACGUUCGAUUUAACGCACGGCGGUGGUAAAGUGAAGAGGUUGAAUUUGACUGGGAACGUUAUAAAUGAUAUUAGGAGCCACGUAUUGGGAAAUUUGACUUCACUAGAGGUAUUGGAUAUGUCCAAUAACGAUUUGAAGAGUUUGAUUUCGCGCUCAUCUGAAGGAAAUUUCGCAUUGCCUGAAUCUAUACGUGAAUUGUAUUUACAAAACAACAUACUGGAGGAGCUGCCAGUAGAUAAAUUGCAUAAUGCGAGUCAUCUGAAGGUCCUCGACGUGAGGAACAACCAGCUGACCAGCUUCGACCCGUACCUGACGAAGAAGGUCAGGAGUGAGGGACUGCAGGUGUUGUUUGAUGGUAAUAAACUUAGAUGCGAUUGUCUUACUCGCCCGUUGAAGCACUAUUUAAACCAUCUGUCACAUUCGAGACUGGAAACCGAAACUCUAUAUCACAAUUUGACAUGUACUGACCCUGCGGUGUUGGAAGGCGAAAAUAUAUUGAGCAUAGACGAGGAGAGAUUAUUGUGUGCUGGCAACAUUGAAACAGAUUAUAAACUCAAUGAAUAUGGCAACACUGACAGUUUCGAGUUUGUUCUAGAGCCGGAUUUGGCGUUCAGGGAUAUACAGUACUCUCAAGCGGGUAUAUACAUAUAUUGGUAUGUAAUGUCUACUGAAGAUAUCGCAGACUUCAAUCUGUACAUACGCGAUGACAAAAACAAUAUACUCUACACGAAAACCAUGGCCUACAACCUCCGCUCUAUGACCAUAACCAUAGACGAAGAUCUGAAAACGUCACUGCGGGAAAAUAACGAGAUUUGCAUACAGGCGAAGAGCUCGAACGGUUUCCCGCGCAAAUGGUACGCGUCGCAAUGUCAAAAGGUGCCUUCGAAUUUCGAAAAAUGGCCGCCGAAACUGAGCAUAGACAAGAGGAGGUUGACAAAGAAGAAGGUGAAGUACAGUUGGUUUGGUAAUAGCGUUAUUUCGUUGGUGGGCGAUUCGAUAUUAAUUACUCUGUGCAUAUUCUUAGGGGUAUGUUUGAAAUUGACAGAUAUUGACAUGUGAUUAUCAAUUUUAAAAGUUUUUUCACCGAAAUACAUGUUUAAAAAACAUGUAGUUUUCUGCAUG